UUCAGCAAAAAAAAAAAAGAAACAAAAGAUCUCAUUCCAUUCCUUCUCUUCUCUUCUUCUUUGCUCUCUGACCAUCGGCAGGGGACCGGCAAAAUGGCUCUGCUUGCGUCCAUCCGCGCCACUCCCAUCUCUUCUCUCCCCCUUAAAACCCAAACAAACCCGGGGCUUCGCCGCCUCCCCGUUGCCUGUCUCUCCUCCUCCUCCUCUCAUGGUGAAACCACGGCCGAGGCCUCUCAUUCUACUUCCUCCUCCACUGCGCCCACCCCCUUCGUGGACCCAAUCGCGCAGAAUCCCGACGCCGGGUUCAAGUACGAGCUCGCCUCGGAGCCCAGCGGGAAUACCGACGACGGCCGCCUCGCGCGCUUCACUGAAUCCACUGUCGAAAGGGUGAUUUUUGAUUUUCGCUUUUUGGCCCUUCUAGCUGUUGGAGGCUCACUUGCUGGUUCUUUGUUAUGCUUUUUGAAUGGUUGUGUUUACAUAGUUGAUGCAUAUAAGGUUUACUGGACAAGCUGUAUCAAGGGAGUUCAUACUGGGAAGAUGGUACUACGAUUAGUUGAGGCUAUUGAUGUCUAUCUUGCUGGUACUGUUAUGUUGAUAUUUGGUAUGGGUUUAUAUGGAUUAUUUAUCAGCAAUGUGCCUCCUGGAUUACCUUCUAACAUAGAUCGUGCUCUCUUGGGAUCUUCUUUGUUUGGAAUGUUUGCUUUGAAGGAGAGGCCAAAAUGGAUGAAAAUAAGUUCCCUUGAUGAAUUGAAAACAAAGGUAGGACAUGUUAUAGUCAUGAUUCUUCUGGUAAAGAUGUUUGAAAGAAGCAAAAUGGUUACAAUAGCUACAGGACUGGAUCUUCUUAGUUACUCAGUCUGCAUUUUCUUGUCAUCCGCAUCCUUGUACAUUCUUCACAAUCUUCACAAGUGAGCAUAAAAAAGAUGUGAAAUGCUGGCUACAUUAUAGUUUUGUAAAACUAUAGAAAUUAUCUCAUCUGAGGUAAGCUAGACAUUUAAUAAUCUUUUCACAAGUCACAUGUAUAUUUCUAGAACCUUGUCAAUGAAAAUGAAAUAUAUCAAACUUGAAAACUCCAUUCAACAAAUAACGAUGGUUUAUUGUUCGAUAGGCUAAUUAAUUGUAA